UUUUUUUUAUAUCUGUAUUCCCGUUCACAAACUUUCACCUAUGGUUCGAGAUUAUGGGGCCAAGUUGUAGUUUCUCUCGGGGAAACAUCGCUGCUCUGCUGCUGCUGCUGCUGCUGGGAGGAGUGACGGGACUGUACUUUCCUCAGAAUGAGUACAUUGAGACGCUGUACGUGGGCCAGCCGGCCGGCUCGCCGAUCCUCCAGGUCCACGCCAUGCUGGACGGCGACUCGGAGCGGCCGCACUUCUACCUGUGCUUCAUCAGCUCCCUCAGGGCCUACAGCUCCUGGUUCCAGCUGGACGUCGGCACCGGCGUGCUGUCCCUGAACAAAACCCUGGAGGAGAGCGACUUCGCCCAGCUGUACCAGAAGUCGUGGUCCGUGAAGAAGCUGUUCCUUCACGCCAUGGUUUUACCAAACGUCCCCAGGAAGCUGAAGUGCCCGAGCAGCUCGGCUCGGAUCGUCCUGGACUUCGUCAACGCCACGAUGCCCCGGUGCGGCCAGACAGACAUGAAGGAGCUGUGCUUCCCCCACAGGGACACCUCCAACCCUCACAUCAUGGAGAACCGGUUCCCCGGGGCCCUGCGGCAGCUCCGGCGGCUCACCAGGCUCCACGUCUGCCCCAACUACACCAUUUCCUACAGCGUGGAAUCAGACGGCCCGGCGCCCUUCGCCGUGAACGAGAACAGCACGGAGCUGGUGGUGACCGCGCCGCUGGACCGCGAGGAGAACGAGUGCUACCGCCUCCUGCUGGUGUGCACCGUCCGCACGGACGCGGUCGUCACCAAGGUGGGCACGCCUCUGGACGUUUUCGUCAACGACGAGGACGACAACGCGCCGUACGUGAACGGGACGGACACGGCGGACGUCACCAUCAGCUUCAAUCGGACGAAGGGGGGAUCUUUUGGCGCCUUGUUUGUCUUCGACAGAGAUUUGACGCCCAUCUUUCCCGUGGAGAGUCAGAACAAGUAUGUGGGGACUUUGCUCAACAGCGACCCGUGGAUAAAGGAAACCUUUGACGUAAAAGACACCUUCAGUGAAAAGAAAACUCACGGAGGCAUUCGGGAAACUGUCUAUGACUACAAGCUUGUCCUGAAGAAGAACCUGAACGUCACGGAGAACCGCACCCUGUUUCUGGACUACCUGGUCAACGACACCACCUACCCCGGUCUGGAGGGGACGGUGCUGCUGCACUUCAACGUCACCAUUUUGCCGGUCCACAUCGGCUUCCCCAACACCACGCAAGUGUUCACAGUGGCACGCAGAGCCGCUGUGUAUGCACAGGUUGGGAGAGUCUGUGUGGAAAACUGCCUGCAGUUCGAUGGCUUCAGCAUCACGUACCGACUGGAGAUGCCGGAUAAGAACGUGUCCGCCGAGCUGCAGUCCUGCUAUUCGGCCGUCGGCGUCACGCAGGCCCCGGACGGGAUGUGGGGGCUGCUGUACGUGAACGACUCCGAGGCAACGCGUAAGCCGGAGUGCCAGGACCUGCAGUACCUCGUGGUGGCUCAGGAGGGGAACACGCAGCUGGAGGCCAGCACUCUGAUCCACGUCGUGCUGGACGGCGAUGCAAACAGAGGCGGUCAGGAGCGUGUGCAGUUCCUGUCCUGUGCGGAGAACAGGCAGCGAGGAGACUGCGAGUCCGCCCGAGGCCUGGGGGCGACCACAGGGAGAUGCCAGUGGAGGCAAGGCAAAGAGAAAGGAAUAUCUGAGAAUUAUUCCACGUGCUCCCCUGAUCUUCGGACGUGUCCGGACAGCUUUUGUGAUGCACUGGAAAGCAAAGACAUGUCGAUAUGCCCGCAGGACUGCACAAGGGAAGCUGUUAUCGGAGGCCAUGAACGGGGCUUAAGUGGGAAUGGCAUUAAGGCCUGCUAUGGAACCUGCUACUGCUACGCCGACAAAUGCUUCUGUGAGAAAGAGGACGUGGAGGAGGUGUUGUGUGACGACAUGUGUAAGACCAUCGUCGCCACAGCUCUGCUCCUGUCCUUCAUCGUCUCCAUCCUCCUGUCCUCGUACUUCAUCCACCGCUACCACAAGAACUCACCCAAGCCCCCGAUAGCGUCGGCCGAGAUGACUUUCCGGCGGCCCGCUCAGGCCUAUCCCAUCAGCUUUCCCGCAAACAACGUCCGGCGCGGCUCUCAGGAGUCCAUCGAGACAGACACCUUUAAAAUACCUGAGGAUCCAAAGUGGGAGUUUCCUCGUAAAAACCUUGUGCUUGGCAAGACAUUAGGAGAAGGGGAGUUUGGGAAAGUAGUCAAGGCAACAGCUUUCAGGCUGAAAGGAAAAGCUGGUUACACCACCGUGGCUGUGAAAAUGCUUAAAGAGAACGCUUCGCACAGCGAGCUGCGCGACCUGCUGUCAGAAUUCACUCUGCUCAAGCAAGUCAACCACCCACACGUCAUAAAGAUGUAUGGAGCGUGCAGCCAGGACGGUCCUUUGUAUCUCAUUGUCGAGUACGCCAAGUACGGCUCGCUGCGUAAUUUCCUGCGCGAGAGUCGGAAAGUUGGCCCGAGCUACAUGGGCAGGGACGCCAACAGAAACUCCAGCUACCUGGAGAACCCGGACGACAGGGCGCUCACCAUGGGAGACCUGAUCUCGUUCGCCUGGCAGAUCUCCAGAGGCAUGCAGUACCUGGCAGAAAUGAAGCUUGUCCACAGGGAUCUCGCGGCGCGAAACGUUCUGGUGGCCGAAGGGCGGAAAAUGAAGAUCUCUGACUUUGGCCUUUCCAGAGAUGUUUAUGAAGAGGACUCGUAUGUCAAGAGGAGCAAGGGCCGUAUUCCUGUGAAGUGGAUGGCGAUUGAGUCCUUGUUUGAUCAUAUUUACACAACGCAAAGUGAUGUGUGGUCGUUUGGCGUGCUCUUGUGGGAGAUCGUGACACUGGGAGGCAAUCCCUACCCGGGUAUCGCUCCCGAACGCCUGUUCAACCUCCUCAAGACGGGCUACAGGAUGGAGAGGCCGGAGAACUGCUCCGAGGAAAUGUACAACCUCAUGCUCCGAUGCUGGAAACAAGAAUCAGACAAGAGGCCAACAUUUUCAGACAUCAGCAAAGAACUGGAAAAGAUGAUGGUGAAAAGUCGGGAUUACCUCGACCUGGCUGCGUCCACGCCGGCCGACGCCCUGCUGUACGACGACGCCCUCUCUGAAGAGGACACACCACUAGUGGACUGUAAUAACGCCCCUCUCCCUCGAACCCUCCCCUCCACAUGGAUUGAAAACAAGCUCUAUGGUAGAAUCUCCCAUGCAUUUACUCGAUUUUAGAAACAGGACACACAACACAAGCUCUCUUUUUUGGCAAGCUGUGAUUGGCUUUUUUCCGUAGUCCAGUGUGCGUGACUGUGAUCUUAGGCAUGCCUUUUGCUGAUUAAUGCUGACAUAUCUCCCAUUUCAUCGUAAAUGAGAGGCUCAGUGGAAAAAAAAAAAGAUCUUGUGUCUUGACCUUUAUUUUUUGUUUUAUUUGGACCUGCUUCUAAUGUACAUGAAUGCUGACCAAAAAUGACACAUUUGUAAAUAUUGAAUAUAUACCUUUCAUUCUAAUUUAUACGGCAUUGCUCAUACUCAUGCUUCAUCAGCAUUUCAUUUGUAAAUAGCUCAUCAUUUCACGCCACCGCACUCCCACCUUUCAUGGUUCCAUUAUUUGUUUGCACUGGAGGAAACAGUGCGUGACAUUUGAAACAGGUCCUCGCCGAAUCAAUCACUCAUUGUGGUUUGAAUUCUAGAUUGUCUUAAAAUUCCUGACUUUCUGAUGUAUAUUAGCCAUUAACCUAUUUUAUGAUUCCACUUUGCUGAAACGAGAAACAGUAAGGCUUUCGAGUUCAACUUCCAGGUGACAGUAUUUGUGAAGACAAUAUUCAUUUUGCAGUUGUAGUUUUUAUAUUUACUUCUGUUCAACUUUCAGUUAAAAAAAAAAAAAUGGAUGAAAAGCCAAAUUUAGUGCCACGACCGACCAAAAAGCACCUUAAUAAUGAAAUCACACGUUCAUUUAUCGUGCAUACCGCAGACAUGGCCACACCGUCACGCCUCCGAGAGCUAAACCUGGACUCGACUUUUGCUGCAGGCACCGCGGAGUUGGAUUUGAAAGCCUUACUGUCUGCACGCUGUUUACCUUUCACUGAGUGCAGAAAAAUGAUAUGUUUUCGUUUUUAGGCAUGUCAUACCCGAACUGGCCUGAGAAGAGCCCGGUACCGCUCAACAGACAUGAUGCCACUAAUCCAGUCUUUACAAGAUAUGCCAAUGAUAGUGUAUAUGCAAACUG